CAAAGUACCAAGUAAUGUGAAUCUGGUACGAGGUUGUCUCAAGAGUCAUCUAAGUCGAUGUUGGCUUUGUUCAUAAACCAAACAACCCAUACAAAGAAAAGGACGUCAAAUUCUGCUAAAAUAAAAUAAAUAAACAAUUCAAGAAGAAGAAAUUUAUACAGCAAAAAAAAAAAAAAAUGAUGGUAGGAAGAGAGAGGAGGAGAAUAUUGGUGGGAUUAGCGGUGGCUAUGUUUUUAGGAAUGGCAGUUUAUUUCAGGCUUUGGACAAUUGCUAACUUUGUCUCUUCUGAUGAUGCUGAGUUGCUAAGGAGACAGUUUGAUCUUGCAAACAAAGAGGCAAUGGAUGAAUCUGCAGAGUGGAGGCUGAGAUUUGAUGAGGAGGCAGACAAGGCUUCAAAGUGUGCCAAGGAACUAGAAGAGAUUAAGGAUUCUACUGAGAAGAAGGAGGAUUCCACUAGCUUUAAUGAAAAACUGGCCUCACUGCAAAAGGAAAAUGCUGCUUUGCUCGUGCAGGUGGAAACGUUAAAAAAUGAGCUUGAUGCUGAAAAACGGAGGUGUCACUCAGAAUAGAGAAACUGACAAAUUUAUUGAAAAUUGGAUUGAGCAGAACUUCACCUGACUUCAUUGCUUGCAACUAAGUGGUUCAACGGUCCAGUUUUUCGCCAACGAAUCUGCGGUUUCCAGGGUUAUUCAAAUACGGGGAUGGACGUUUAAGUUGUUCUCUCCCUAUGCAUAAUUGAUGCCUAAAUUUUAAUGUAACAAGUGUUUGAGGAGUAGGCAUACUUUUUGGGUAUAGAAAAAUUCUAUUUGGAGGUGGGUUGAGACCAGGAAAAACAAAGCCUAUCUUUUUCCUUUUGUUAGGGUAUAUCUAUUUUUGCAUUUUCAUUUAUUUCUUCGGACACUAUGGUAUUGGUUACUUGACAUGUUUAUGCUCGAAUAGGCAAUUUAAUGUUUUGGACAAACUUUCUUUUCUAACAGAUGUACAUUAGCUUACUUUGCCAUCUCUGCUAUGCAAGCAAUGAUCAAGAUUGGUGACGCAGUCUUUAGUUUCAAGUCCUCACUGGAGUUUGAACACAAGAUUGAUUCCGAUUUUAAAGCGAACUUUCGCAUUAUAUGUUGAGCACAGUCUUGGUCACAUGAUCGUUAGAUCAAACAGCCUUGUCGACUUAGUCAUUAGAUCAAACAAGGCAGCAAGCCUGAAUUUAAAGCAAAUUUCCAUUUUAUACGUGGAAGUAAACUGCAAUAUUUUAGCAGAUAAAAAGAUAUUUGGUUUAAUAA